AUGAAUUUGUUCUGCAAUAUUUUAAUUAUAUUGUAUUACAGGAAUGUGUCAUCAACUGUGCCCGGCGUCCAGACCAACAAUAACGCUGAGAUAUACGCUGCAGUUAAAGCUAUCGACAUGCUGCUCAACUACACCGAUGAAUACCGCGUAGAAAUCAUGACAGACUCAAUGUUUCUAUGCGAUUGUAUGUAUAAGUGGAUCAAUAAAUGGAAGUCUAAUGGUUGGAGGAAUUCUAAAGGUAACAUAGUGGCAAACAAGUAUAUGCUGGAAGAACUAGAUAGUCGCAUAAAGGCCAUGGAUUCUGUUAAAUUUACUUACGUACGAGCACAUAAUCAACACUAUGGCAAUGACCAAGCAGACAAGUUAGCUCGUGACGGAGCAUACAAGUAA